AAGACAUACCCUACAUAAAUGGACGCAAACGUUCACCACAGAACUCCCUACCAAGCCAGUGUGGAUCAACUGACUUCAGUGGAUUUAGGGGGAGCCGAGGAGACAGACGAUGAAACAGAGGAGGAAGAAGGUGAAGAAGAAGGAGAGGAGGAGGAGGAUUUGGAUGAGCCCCUCAGCAGUGUGGAAUUGUCUAGAAGAAUGAGGAAUUUGGUGGAUCCAGGCCCAUUCAAACACAACCGUAAAGUAGUCCUGGCAGCUCUCCCUUGUUUUCUCAUCAUUCUGGCCAUUUGUGGAGAACCACUGUUGAUGCUGGUGUCAGUGGGACUUAUCCUGAUUUUAGUGGUGGACACGGGGAGCAAAAACCAAAGGACGGUGAUGGUUUUCACCUUUGUAUUCAUUCCAUGUCACAUGACCAUUCUGUAUUUCACAUUUCCUCUUGUGUGGGUGUCGUUAGUGAACUUUGUGCUGAUGAUCAUGAUGAACUCGUUUAUAUUGCUGACUGGUGGAUGGCUUCUGCUUCAGAUGAUCAUCUUUAGGAAACAGGAACCAGAAAUCUGUGUGUUUCUUGAGGCGAUCCUUUUCUCGGCGUACCCAUCUCUCUCAGCAUGCCUCAUGACCUGGGCUACUGCAACAUUUAUCCCUCUUAAAUAUGUUCCGUUUGUUUUGCUGUUUAUAGGGUUUGUUUUAUUCCAAGUUUUCAUGACCCCAGCAUCCUCUUCUUUUAAACAUAACCUGAAGGACCACAAAGAUGAUGUCAGUAUUCUGAACAACAGAGUGAUCGCUGUCAUGGCAGCUGGAUUUUGUUUACUUCCUGUUUUCAUUCAGCUCCUCAUUGGUCUUUAUCAGAGAGGGAUCGAUGGAGUCAUUCAGUUCGGGUUUUUUUGUGAGUUGGUCUUCCUGUUGUGUUUGGCUGUAUUUUUAACCACGUUGAUGAGUAUCAGACACAUUGUGGAGGUCCUGGGAUUUCAGUACAGCCUUGUGAUACAGUUACGCAGUCUGUGUGGGGGCGUGUCUGCCUUCCUGUCCUACCCAGUGUUCCUAGAGUUAGGAGUGACAUCACACUUCCUGUCAUGGCUGCCCUUUGCAGUGGGAGUGUAUGCGGUGUAUGGGACACUGCUCAGCUAUAAAAAACUCAAGUUUGUUUCUACAGUAUUCUUUGUAGUGGCCGUGGUGCUCUCAUUGGUGUGGGCAAUCAAAUUGCCAUGGAAACUUUCUUAUACGUUUAUGUUUGGGAUAUCUCUGAAGGCCAUUUUCUGCCUGAUGAUAGCUAAUUCCGUACUGUGUCUGACGGCAGCCCACCUAUCUACACAUGGAUCUCAAGCAAGCUUCAGUUUCCUAGUUGUUCUGCAGACCAUAGUUUUUAUCAAGUGUGAGGUGAUCCUGUUUGACUCGGGUCUGUACAGCUGGCCCCUGUUCAUGGUCACUGGCAUUGCUGCGUCGUACGCUCUCCAGAGAUUACAGAUCGCUCGAAGGCUGCCUGUCAACUUGUCCUGUGCUUGCAUGUCUGCCCACAUCACAAAAUCGGCACUGGUUGCCAUGGUGAUCUUCACCAAAGAGGCACGAGACUUGCCCUAUACCAGCAUUCUCACCAUGUUCUUCUUUAUCUUCAUGAUGAUCAAGAUGCUUCUCCUGGAAGUUCCAGUAGAUAUAUCGAAGAAACAGUUGGCUGUCAAUGUGAUCCUGAUGUGUAUCUCAGUAUUACUGAACGCCAACCCCGCCCUGUUUAUUCUGGGCUCGUACCUGUUCAAAGUCCAGGCGAGUGCUGCCGAUGCGAUGGGAAUGUGUUUCAUCAUCUGUGGUAUGCUGAUUAUAGCAACAUGUGUCCUUCACCUGCCAUCUGAGGUCAAGGUCAAACAACUAGGAAUUCUAGGGGUGGUUACAGGAGUGAUAGUUAUCUUGUUUCAACCAGAUGUAUCACUGACAAUGACUGGCCUGUUUCAGUUAUGUGAGGUGAUCAGCAUCAUGUGUAUGAUUAUCAUUAUGUAUGCAGACACUAUCAAGACCUUCCCCCACAUUGUGGUGGCCUCUGUGUUGGUGGGAAUCACGCCUGGGCUCAGGGCCGCUCUCUUUUUGUAUCCUGAGGACCAGGCACCAAUUGUUAACCUCAUCUUGUUUGGACUGGUCUCCAUGUGUCUUGUGUGUGCUCUCUUUGCUUUCUCUAAAUCUGAACAUCUUGGUUGCAAGUUUGAGAAAAAUAUUCUUACCGUGUGCAUGCUGGUGGUUGUCCUCAGUGUGCUAUCAUUGAUUGUUGACUUGGUUACCAAGGAACGCAAGCAACCCAUUUUGACCUUACCAUCUUGGAAAUUAUUCCUUGCAGCCAAUCUCAUCAUAAGCAUAUGCACCAAAAUAGUUGUCUCUAGGAAUGCUGAAUACAUCCCACUGCAUGAGAAGGAUGACAAGGAGAUCCCGUAUCUGCCAUUGGUAGGCAAUCUCACCACCAUCACCGCCUUCUUGUUCCUGUGCUUGCUGGGGCCCGCCACAGGGCUGCUUUAUGAUAUAUGGUGUUGUGGAUCCAGUGUAAUUUUAAUGUGCUUACAAAAGGACAUGAAGAUAUUUUACAACCUCAAGGACGCCAACCACACAGCCCCUACCAAACUGACCUCCAUAGCAGUGUUAGUCCUCUCGUCAAUAUGUCACAGUGACCUCUGGCAUUCAAGUUCAUGGACAUUCGUCAGGUCGUGUUUAGAGAUGUUUCUAGUACUCGGCAGCACCCCUAUUUAUUAUGUGUUGUGGGGCAUAUUAUGGAAGUCCGUGGUGUUGCUGCCCGAGCCCGUGGUUGUGUUUUUAUUGCCGCUAAAUGUUGCUAUGUUGCUGUACGGCAGCAGUUGGACUUGCUGGGCAUUAGCCUUUGUAGGUGGUAGCUCCUCAUUGUGGAUGAUGUCAACUCACUUUAAAUUGCAACCUUAUUCCGAGAAAAGAUAACAUAUGAUAAAAUUAGAGACUUCAUGGCUGUAGAUUGUAGUGUUUUUUUAAUAUUGUAUAUGAUACAGAAUGUUUGUAUUUUAUAGUCUGUAUGCUGACAACAUUGUCAAUAAAACGUUUCUUUCUUACUGGA